AUGCCCAAGAGUUUCAAGUUGGAAUUGGAGGAAGGGGCGCACGUGUUUCUUCCCGGAGAGACAGUCAACGGAGCCGUAGUACUUGAACUAGCGAGACCCAAGAAGCUCCUUAGCGUCCAAGUAUCCCUCGUCGGCUGGGUAGAGGUUCUAUCUGAGACCUUCUCGGCAAAGAAACAGUUCAUGGAGGACUCGACGACCGCGUGGAGCAAGCCGGAGACAGAGUCUUUCGGGACGCUGCCCGAAGGUCGGCACGUCCUCCCUUUCUCCUUCACGCUCCCCAACGACAUUCCGCCCAGUCUGGAGAACGAGGGAGACUGCGGGAAGAUCAAGUACAGACUCUACGGAAAGAUCAAGUCGGGGAAGCUGCAGAGCGGCGGCGUCGUUGAAAAGGCGCUGCGGAUAGUCGAGCUGGUCAACUGCAAACAGCCGGACCUCCAGAAUCCGGCGCACGGGAUGCACAAGGUGGACCAGUCUCUCUUUUACUUUGCCAACACGUCCAUGGAACUGAACGUGGAGCUCCCGCGAACCGGGUUCAAGCUGGAAGAAGACGUGCCGCUCACAAUCGGCGUGGAUGGCUGCAAAAGUCGCAUCAGCCUCACCGCGCGUCUCGUCCGCCGUGCGACGGCCGGUGUCCACGGAGCACUGACGAUCGACGCCGAGAAAGUUGCGAAAGUCGCUCUCAAGUCGUGUAAGCCCUCGCAGAACGGGACCACGGUAUUGUGGGCGCCGAGUCUGAAGAUCCCGCGCACGGAUCCCAGCCUCAAAUCAGACGUUAUCAACGUCAGCUACUGCGUACAGGUCACUGCGAAGUCGCAGUGGAGACCCAAGUUGUGUGUGGAAAUACCUGUCAUUAUUGGAAACGUGUCAAUGUAG